AGAAAAUGGAAGCUGAAAAUUGACUCAGUGGAACAAAAGGACUGUAUUGCAGGUAAGGUAAAUUGACCUGUGCUAUUUAAAUAUCUUACUAUACAGGAAUCAAAAAAGAAAGUGGGAAAUACUAGUUUAAUAAAAGUAACUCAGGGAAGCCCCUCGCACAGCGUAAGUUGGACUGUAAAAGUAUGGCGUUUGGGAAUCUCCCUGCAUAAAAAGCGACUGUAAUUGGCUAAAGAGAUGAUAGAGAUAAAAUUGAUGACAUCAAUCUCCUAAUGCAACAUAAAUGAAAGUGCAUACUCAAGUAGAAUGUAAAUCAUAAAUGAAUACAUCAAGCUACGGACAAAACCUCAAGUAUAGAAGAAAUUAAAAGGAGCAAAUUGUCUCACUAUUUAAAGGACAAUUCAUUUUAGGAAUUGCUCUAAAGUAACGUAAAAGGAAUAUGGAUAGAGAAACAAAUGACAAACCAGCAGAAUUUUCAGCGAGCAGUGAAGGGAGAAAAGGAACGCCUUAUCAGCGGAUUGUGAUUGCAUGUCCUGAUAACCAUAUCAUCGUUGUGAAGCGGCUUACAAACGGAGGUAAGAGGGUGAUUAUCUUUCUACAAACGUGGAUAUAAAUGAGAUUUAACACAUCACUUUACAAGGAAGGUGAAAGGAACAAUUUGGACAAAGCUUUUUGACUUCUGAAAACAUGAGUUUUGUCUAGUGCGCUCCUUAAUGGCUAUCAUUUGAAUGGUCACAGCAAAGAAUUUCAUGACUGCAAACUAAGAAGAUAGAGCCACGUUAUACAGCAAAAUAAGAAGCACUACAGGAAACUGCUCCUUAUAAGUUUUCAUUUUGAUGGUAGUACUUUAGGAUUUCACCCACAGACUCCAAUUUUUGAACCACCUUUAGAGCAGAAGAGUACUGCUCAAUAACUUUUGUUUGAAUGAGAAAACCACUUUUUACAACAAUGCAAUGCACUGCUCAUUAGCUCAGUUUUAAACGACUUCACUUAGGGCGUUAUCAGCUAACUCAAAAAUUGGAACACCUUUAACACCAUAGCGAAUUCAUGGCACUGAUAUCAACGCAACUUGACAAUACAAUUUAAAAGCUCUUGAACUGCAAUUAUUUGCAGAAAGUUACACAAUCAAAUUCAAAAGACAAGAGUUACACUAGUCACAACAUUGACUGAGGUAAAUUACUCGCAAUUUAACCAUCAACUGAAUAAAUUGUUUGUGUUUUCUACAGAAGUCAAAGUUGAAGGAGGAAGAUUAGUGGCUGUUGAAAACAAGAAAGGACGCUAGCAAAGGUAAGUUUGUAGAUUUUAGUAUCUGAUAGAGUGUUGAAAGCAAAUACGUAAUGCGAAACAACAGUUAACCCCUGUCAGCCAAAAUACCUGUAAUGCGACGACUGAUUCUAGGGUUCGAUAGUUCCAUCUGAACAGUUCACAGCUUAAUUGCUUUGUGGUUUAGUGGAUAUGAGAUACCACAGCCGGCGAAUACAAACAAUAAAGGGUCAAAUAAUGAGUUGAGAAGCGUAAUAGCGAGAAACAGCCGGUGAGAAAAACGGAUUUCAUUGGACACUUCAGACAAAAAACGACUUGCAAAAUUGAAUUUACAGGAGUGAUUUGUAAAGAAAUAGUGACAAAAUAUAUUUGCAAAAAGAAAAAGAGAAAGCCAUGAAGAAUCAAGUCUAAAACCUGACUCGACGACACAAAGAGAUAGGUUCGUAAAACAAAGGUCAAAUCUGACAAACAGGGGCUUAAGUUUUCACUCCUAGAACAAGUUAUGGCCAAAUGAAUUGUCGCUCUAACUUUUACAUCUGAGGAAAAAAUUCUUUGGUGUAACCAUUCAAAGAUGAAAUCUCCUUGGCGGAAAUUUUGAAUAGUACUAUUUAUUUUAUAGGAUGUUACAGAAUGAUUUCUAGAUUUUUUGGUGAAUUUUCGUGCAUUGGCCCCUAUUAAGAGUGAAAGGGUUCAAAUGAGAAUACAGACCUUUAGAUUCGAGGAAGAGCACGAGGCUUGAUUAAAGUUUGUUCGCGUAUUGUCAAAAAAUAGACACCCCGGAAUUCUUCAUUGUACUUUUUUGGACCAGAAAAGUUAGAACUGUUAGCGUUAUUGAAGGAGGUUGAGCCCUCUCCAGAUUGCAAAAUUCUAAAACUUCUAACAUUUGAUAACUUGUUCCCGCCACUACGACCCUCACUACCUCCCUCUUGUAGUAGAAUGACGACGGCUACCAAGUUUUCCCGCCAAAAUGACGCUGCGUCACGCGCGAGCACUACUCGCUAUUGAGAAAAUCUCGUACUCGUAGUCGUUCUCGUCUUGGAAUCUAAAGGUCUCUAAUAUGAAUUUCCUUUUAAUCCCCGUACGAGUUACGAAGGAAAAAUAGUCAAUGCACAAAUGGCGUUAAACCUUUAAAGCCCCAGGGAUGAUCAAAUCAAAUUUCUCCUUGUAAUAUGGGUGAUUUAUAAAACAGAGUAGCGAUGAGAAUUAAAGACACUACCACACAAGAUGAAUUCUAUUGACACUUUUUAAAACACCUUCUCCCCUCUUUUGGUAUAGGAAAUGUAUAAGGGCAACAAAUGAGAAUUUAAAUUUUGACAUGAAUGGUUCAAGCGUAUUUCUUUUUUCAAAUAACUCAAACAUUAAGAUAUUGGCUAGACGCUCUUCAUUUUUUGAUCCUACCCGUCAUCAGCCAUACACACAAAAGAGCGUUUUCACAUGACGUCACAGCGGCUAUGUUGGUGUCCCAAACCAGUUCUGGGGGAGUUGAACUCUUUUCUUAUGCAAACGCUUUCUUUUGUUCCAAUAAAUUUGCAUAGAUGCUGGUCUCGUAAGUGAAAAUACUUUAUUAAACAGUUUCCUUUUUUGAGCCUUAACCAGGGGCGGAUCCAGGAUUUUUCUUAGGAGGGGGUGCACCACUAACUGACUGAUGACGUAAAAUAUUUUAAUAGCGAAUACAAAAGAAGAGGGCUUUUGACUAGGAAAUAACAUAAUGUGAACUGCUGAGAAUACAUAUCAAACGAUAGAGCAGAUUUUGUAUGUCUGUCAAGUGACUGCACAGUGUUAAUUAGAAAGCGGCCGCAGGUCAUCCCGGGGGGGGGGGGGGGGGUGCGCACCCCCUGCACCCUCCCCCUGGAUCCGCCCCUGUUAACGAUAACUCAAACGUUGUAUGUUGAGUGUUGAAUCUUUGCUGUAAAACAUGUAACUGGAAGAUCAAAAUUUAAAGCUGUAGAACAGUUUCGCUAGUUGUAAAAAAGUGGAAAUUUUUGGUUCGGGAUAUUGUCCUCUAUAAGCUAAAGAGAUUUCAGAAAGUCUGAAACCUGAUAAACAGAGUACCUCGAAAGUAGUUUUAACUUUUGAGUACGUGGAUGAAAUCCUAUGGUGUCACAAUUCAAAUGAAACUUCUUCAGCAGUAUUUUCGUACGGUACCAUCUGUUUUGAAUGUAGUUCUCAGUACUUUAACACAGAAGCUUCUGUUUUGUUUGUAGUUCGAAUUUUGAAUCUGUGGAUGAAACCCUAUAUAUAUAUAGUGCUACUAUUCAAACAGACCAUUUCAGCAGUACUUUCACAUGGUAUCAUUUUAAAAUUUAGUAUGUAGUUCUAAUUUGGAGUCUAACCUUAUGGUGUGACCAUUCAAAUCCAACCUCUUCAAUAAUACUUCGUAUGGUGCCAAUUGAGUUUCAGUACUGUAACUAUUUCAGUUGAUUAUCAAUUUUUGUUAUCUGUAUAAGCAGUGUUUGAAUUAAGUGAAUUUUUAUACAGUGAAGACUGGUGUUUUUGACAAUGUAGUAAAACUACAAUGAGUGUAAGAAAGUGGACUGAGAACAUCUGUUCUAAAAAUAUCUUUUCUUUUCUUACUAGUUUAGCAUCAGGAAAUGUGAUUUUUUUACUGUGCAUGUUCAACAAAAAUUUAACAUCUCAAGCUAGCUAGUUUAGCUGAUAGGUUUUCUGGAGAUCCCAAGAGGUUUCUGGGGAUGGGAGAGAGGAUAAUGUGGUACCAAAGAAAAGAUCACAAGUGUGUUGCUGUUUUACACAUAAUAAAACCAAUAGACCAUCAUAGAAAAUUUUUAGUUUCCACAAAAAGUACUAUGGUUAAAACCCGCUUUACAGACAACCCCUCAGUGUCUGUAUUAACCAGAUUUGACUAUGUAGUCAUAGAUGCAGUUAUAGGAGUGUGUCCACGGGGGCAAGGGCUGAUGGCUGGGGAGAAAGGCGGGGUGAUGGGUAGUGACGGAUAGUGAUUUUGUGACUGCAUGGAAAUAACCCUCCCUCCCAGAAACUAUUUCAGAAAAUUGCAGGAGAGAUGACUAGUGCACAGUGGAUGAGUACAGUUCAGCUGCUAUAAAAAUGUAGUCAGCACAACACUGAAAUGUUAAACUGUUUCUGGACUCAUUCCAUAGCAUACAAUUUUGGGGUUAAUGGCAUAAAUAGCAAAAAGUCUAUUUCUAAUGGAUAGAUGAUUUUUGAGAGAAACCAAGAAGAGAGAGGGUACUGUCAUACACAGACCAUAUAUAGGCUAAAUGUAUGUGCUGCUUGACCACAGCAGGGUUAGCUCAGUCGGUCGAGCACUUGAUUGUAGAGCAGAAGGCAUGGGUUCGAUCCCCGGUGCUAAAGCAAUACUCAGGGUCUUAAACCCUUUAAGCCCCAAGAUCCAAAUGCAAAUUCUCCAAACUGAUCUCCAUACAUUUCUUUUAAGAAUAGUUGAGAGAACUUGGUUUAAGAUCAAAGCAUUCUCCCUUUGGUAAUCAAUUUAGUAAUUCUCAUAACCUUUACUCUUGUUGAUCUGCUGAUGUCGUUAGGAGAAAAUUGAUGUUGUUCACUCUUAUGACCUAAAGGGUUAAACAGCUGAGAAAUGAAGGCACUGCCUUUGCCCUAAAAACUUCUCUCAGUAACCAGGCUCAUAUUUGAGUCCAGAUAAAUAAUUUAUCUGUACUCAAAUAUGAGCCUGGUGACUGAGAGCAGUUUUUAGGGCAAAGGCAGUGCCUUCAUUUCUCAGCUGUUAUUUCUCUGCUAUUAUUGCCAAUAAAUUAAAGGCUGCUUAACAAGUGGGAAUCACCAUGCAGUAAACAAAACAUUUCACUAACAGAGAAGCAGUAAAAUGUUAGCUAUCUAGAGGAGCUACUAGGACAAAAUAAUGAGGCCAUCAGAUAAUGCGUAAUAAAGAGAAGGCCAGAGGGAGGCAGGUGACUGAAUGCCACAUGUACAAUACUGCCCGUAAUUUUUUUUCAAAGAUGAUUUGUUAUCAGAACCUCUUUCAAAAACCAAUGUUAUUCAUUUGUAGCUAUGCUUAUUAAACUUGACACCACAAGAAGUAGACAUUAAACCCAUUUACCCAUGCCCAUUUACCAGACAUUGUAUUAGUAACCAAAUUAAAGAAAGGCAGGGAGAUUUAAUUCUAAGAAUAAUGGUAUGGACGAAACACCUCCAAUAACAUUUAGUCCAAGGCACUGUCUAGGGAGCCACUUUUUUUACAUAAUGACAGUAGACUGACCUGCCAUACCCAGAAAUUACAUUAACCCUUUAAGUCCCACUAGUGAACAACAUCAAUUUUCUCCUAACAAUAUCAAUAGACAAUCAAGGGGAAGGGUUAUGAGAAUUAAUAAGAUAAUCACCGAAGAGAAAAAAGCUUUGACCUUUUGUCAAAUUCUCUCAACUUAUUCUUUAAGGAAAUAUAUAAAGAUCAGUUUGGAGGAUUUGUAUGUGGAUAUUGGGGCAUAAAGGGUUAAACGACAAAGGAAGAUGAGAAAAGAAAAAGAUGUCAGCUGACAAAAUAUCACAUUUCUAUAGCCAAGCAUUUGAUCCCCAUCCUAAAUUCUCAGAUCUAGUAUUAACAAAUAUCUGUCUCCCUUGGUAACAAAUCAGUUGGGAAAUACACCUGACAAAUUAUUCCAGUCACCUCAUGCUACAGAAACUCAAGUCAUGCACCACAUCUAAGGAUCGAACGAUUCAAAUCUAACAUCAGCAAAGUUCCACUUUUAAGUCAUUAACAAAAUUCAUACAGUAAUAACUCUAUUGGGUCUUUAUUGGCAAACUAGUGUGUGACGACUUUUAAUAUUAUUAUUUUGUCUCCAAAUAAGUAGCAGUAAGCACUGUGACACUUAUUUAAGUAAGCACAAGUUGAGCACAAGCUAGUAGAAAGAAACAGUAUUUUUUCUAGUGCUAAUGUUUUUUUUUCUUGACUCUUUAACUUCUGAUUCAAUUAGAGAGGGGUGCUGCAAAGUUGAAAGCAUUCAUCUCCCACAAAUGCAGCCUGGGUUGUGGGUUGAGUUUGAGUUUGUUCCCCUCUUUGCAGAGAGAGGUUUUUCUUUGGGUCUUCCUGGUGUAUUUUUCCUCUCUUAAAGAAGAAAAACCAGUGGCGGAUCAAGGGGAGGGGGGGGGGGAGCCCUUAUUUUUAGACCAAACUGGGGUCUGAAGGCCCCCUCCCUCCCCCCCUUAUCUCAAGGUCUGGAUCUGGCACUGAAAACACACCUCCAAAUUCCAAUUUGAGCAGAAGCACACUAUCAUUUUUAAUUAAGUUCUUGAGAACUACUAAGUGCUUCAUGGACAAACUAGUUUUAGUUUUUUUUCCCCAUUUUUCAGCAGAACAUGUAAAGCAGUUUCCCAAAUAUUAAACCAGUGGAUAAAAUCUUGAGUAUGGUGUUACCAUUUUAAUGGAACAUGGUGUUUUUUGUUUGUCAGUAUUUUCUAUAAUGACAUUUGUGAUUGUUCUUGAAUUUUGCUCAAUGUUGCCCUUGACAGUGAAAGGGCUAAAACUGCUUAUUGCAUCGGCAAGAUCUAGACCAGUCACUAGCUGCUAAGAGGCCGGAGAUGGGCAUCAGCUGGUGCAAAUAAGUAAUUAGGCUUCACUAACCAGUUUCAAUUACACCAUAAACAAAGGUCUACCUGUCUUGAUUCAAUGUUAUGAUCAUUACUUGUAGAUGAUAUUCUGUUGGGUCCAAAAAAUGUUUUGCUCACUUUACUAAAUCUUUUUGUAAAACAGCUGGUUUGUGAUUCAUUUGUUUCAUCGCCAUUUUCAACUGAACAUGGAGAUAUGGAUCAGGUUGAAAUAGACUCGUGAUUGUGUUUUGUUUUGUUUUGUUUCACUUAGGAAAUUUUUUAUGCAAAAAAUUUGGCCAAAUCAAAAACAGGCUCCAAAGAGGUAUUACAAGAUGCAAAAAAGAGAGCAAAACAUGAUUGAGGCCCAGUAGAUCAUCACCAAGAAAAAUAGAUUAUAAAUACCUGACCCACUAAACAUCUAGGCCGAGUUGUUCAAAGCUGGGUUAAGAUAACCCAGGGUUAGUGCAAGAUUUGAAUUAAGAUUUAAGCAAUUCAGUUUUAAUUCUUUCUGUCCACAAGUUGAUGAUUGGAAGCUCUAAAAAUAAGAGAGAAAAUUAUCCCAGAAAAUGCUUUUGAGCACAAGAAAAAGAAACCAGGAUUAAACUUAACCCCGGGUUAAGUGCUAAUCGGCCUUUGAACAACUGGGCCCUAACUUAAAAAAACUACUCCUGCUGUCCCGCAGUCGUCCAAUUUGCAAAAUAAAUUCUGACAUGGACCACUGGAGUGCGGGACUGCCGGAGCGCUAGUUGUAUACCCACUUAAUAAUCAUAAUUCAGCAACUGCAGGAGUGUGGAACUGCAGAAGCACUCGUUUUACUCACUUAGAUUUAAGUAUUUGGACUAGUAGAGCAUGACUGCAAAACUGCAGGCCUGCAGGACUGCAGGUACUGCUGGAGCAGUUUUUGAAGUAACACAUUUAGUGGGCUAGGUAUUCUCAGUCACUCCUUAUAGUGAAUAAUCCUGACACAUAAGAGACUUCUACAUAUAAUCUAACUACUUACAACUGAUGACCUUUGCAACACAACAACAGUGUACAGUUGCAUUUGCUCUCAAGUUCUCUAGUAAAAUUAAUCGGUGAAUAAGACUUACCUAUUUUUUCCCUUGGUUUUGCAGAGCACUUCUACUGGAGAACAGCAGGGCACUGGAGGUGGACGUGACAUAUUUUUGGAUAAGGAUGUAAUAAGAAGAAGCCUGUGGGACAGUUCAGAAGAAAGCUACUGUAGAACGUUGCCUUUUAAAACAUGAAGUUCACUCACAAAUUUACAUUGUUUCUAUGAUUUCUGCUGGUAAAAAAACUGGGAAAUAAUCAGUGAUGUUAAACAUAGACUUAAGACCAAGAAAUAACUCUGUUGAUUGUAUGUAUUCCAGGAU